CUUAAAAUCAAAACAAAUAAGAGCGCCGCAAAUUGCAUUUUUUCUUUUCCAUAAAUAUACAAACCUUGACCCACAACGAGCAAAUAUUCAAAAAUCAAAUAAAGAGUAAAAGCUAUAAAAUUUAUUGCUCUUAUAUAACAGCCAAUCACCCGAAAUCGAAAUUGUACAGUGUGAUAAAUAAUUGUUUGAAAACAAAAUGUUGUUAAAUUGUGCGCACAAAAAGCGGGAAUUUCUGGGAAUCGGAUCAAUAUUUUGGCUGCUGCUCAGCUUUAACGUUUUCCAUGUGGAUUUUGCCGCUGGCCAAAAUGCAGCUGUUGUGGCCGCUGCUGUUGCUGCUGGUCAAAAUCAGUCGCAGGUGUAUGUAACGGAUUCUUGCCUGGAGAAACCCUAUCGCUGUCCGCAUCCAAAGAUACAGUUCUAUUUGUAUACCCGUCGCACACAGGAGGAGCCCGAGUUUAUAAACGUGCUCGACACGAACUCACUUUAUCGCUCACACUUUAAUCCGCGUCACGCCACCAAGAUCAUCAUACAUGGCUUUGGCGGUGGUCGCAUGCUCAGUCCCAGUCCGGAUUUGAGGGAGGCGUACUUCACACUGGGCGAGUACAACAUCAUCAUUGUGGAUUACAGCAAUGCGGUUAAGGAGCCCUGCCUCAGUCAAAUGGAUUGGUCACCCCGCUUCGGCAGCCUCUGCAUCUCGCAGCUGGUCAAGUAUCUGGCGCGGCAUCCACGCGGUGUCCAACCCGAUGAUCUGCAUUUCAUUGGCUAUAGUGUGGGUGCACAUAUAGCCGGUCUAGUAGCCAACUAUCUGAAGCCGGAGGAGGGCAAAAUUGGACGCAUCACUGCACUGGAUCCCACCAUAUUCUUCUAUGCGGGCGCGAAUAACUCGAGGGAUCUGGACACCAGCGAUGCCCAUUUUGUGGAUGUUGUGCACACGGGUGCCGGCAUCCUUGGACAGUGGCACUCCAGCGGACAUGCUGAUUUCUAUGUGAACGGCGGCACCAGGCAGCCAGCCUGUGUGGGAUCCGCAACGUUGUUUCAAACCUUGGCCUGCGAUCACACCAAGGUGACGCCGUACUUUAUCGAAUCCAUAACGUCAACCAAAGGUUUCUAUGCGGGUCCCUGUCCGAACCUGUUCACCUAUCUGAUAGGCUGGUGCGAGCCCAAGGAUUCGGAGUAUGUGCUCAUGGGCGAGCACUGUUCGAACAAGGCGCGUGGCAACUAUUAUGUGACGACGAAUGCAAAGGCGCCCUUUGCCCGGGGCUUCCCCGGCAAGGGGCGCUCCAAUGGGGAGUACCAAGGCGUAAGGCGUUGAGAAGAGGAUGAAGCGACUUGCAUAUAGAUAUAUAUAUAAUUACGUUGUAGCACACAUGUGAUUUUAGUUGUU